CCGGGAAGGUGGAGGACCUGGGCUCUCCUGCCUUGCUUCAGCUCUGUUUAGCCGGCGGCUACUCCGCGCUUCUUCGCCCGAUUCUGCUGUGCGGUUCUUUCCCACGGCCUGUCUUGUCCUCCCUUCCCCUGCCCCGCUGGGUCCACUUCUCCAGCUCUCGCCCGCCCUGGCCCAUGGCUCCAUGAAGCGCGGGGUAGUAGAGGUGGCGGCGGCGGCGGCGGGGAGGCAAGAGCAGGAGGAGCGGCGGUGGCGGCGGCGGUGGUGGUGGCGACGGCGGUGGUUAGGUUGAAAAGUAACUGGAAUAGGGAACUGUCUUCGCGUCAAGGAAAGAAAAGAUUUGGAAACAGGAAUGGGCCGUGAGAAAAGGAAAUUCAUUCCAGAAAUAAAAUAGCUUCCCCUUCCACCUGUCCACUUCCCCCUUGGCAGUACAAGGUUUCUGCUUUCAGGUUCUACAGUGCUUCAGACAGUAGGUGCUGAAUCAGGAUGGGAAAAAGACGCUGUGUUCCUCCACUUGAGCCCAAGUUGGCAGCAGGCUGUUGUGGGGUAAAGAAACCCAAAUUGUCUGGAAGUGGAACACAUAGUCACGGGAAUCAAGCCACAACUGUGCCAGUCUCUAGUUCAGGUCCUCUUCAGAACCACCAGCAUGCAGAUGGGGGCAGUGGAAGGGAGAAUGUCUCAGAUUUGACUUUAUGCCCCGGAAAUUCUCCAAUUACUCGAAUGAAUCCCACUUCAGGAGCAUUGAGCCCACUUGCCCGGCCUAAUGGAACUGCCAACAGCACCAAAAAUCUAGUCGUGACAGCGGAGAUGUGCUGCUACUGCUUUGAUGUACUCUACUGUCAUCUUUAUGGUUUCCCUCAGCCACGACUUCCUCGAUUUACCAAUGAUCCCUACCCACUCUUUGUGACAUGGAAGACAGGCCGUGACAAACGACUUCGAGGUUGCAUUGGAACUUUCUCUGCCAUGAAUCUUCACUCAGGACUCAGGGAAUACACAUUAACCAGUGCACUUAAGGACAGCAGAUUUCCACCCCUGACUCGUGAGGAGCUGCCUAAACUUUUCUGCUCUGUUUCCCUCCUCACUAAUUUUGAGGAUGCUACUGACUACUUGGACUGGGAGGUUGGGAUCCAUGGGAUCAGAAUUGAGUUCAUCAAUGAGAAAGGUGUUAAGCGCACAGCUACAUACUUACCUGAAGUUGCUAAGGAACAAGAUUGGGAUCAGAUUCAAACAAUAGACUCCCUGCUCAGGAAAGGUGGUUUUAAGGCUCCAAUUACCAAUGACUUUAGGAAAACUAUUAAACUCACCAGAUACCGCAGUGAAAAGGUGACAAUCAGUUAUGCAGAAUACAUGGCUUCACGACAGCAUUGUUUUCAAAAUGGCACUCUCCAUGCCCCACCCCUCUACAAUCAUUACUCCUGACACAAAGCUGCAUGACCAGUCCCGCCCCCCAGCUGCCAGCUACGACAUCAUUGGAGCGGAUGCCUCCUCUUCCUGGUCCAGUUACUUCUAUUACUGCACCAUUUUAUGAUGCUAGCUUCCGUUGCCAAGUCUGCCUUCCAGUUGAUUAUGGGUGGUGGGGGCUACCAAGUGAGUGCAACUGAAUUUCAGAGGCCCAAGCUUACUUCAUUUUUCAGAAUGAGGGUUCAUUUGGACUGAGUACCUGGGACCAUUGCCGUUGGAUAGAAAGAAACUUGAGGAAUGGCAGUACCACUUCAGAUUGCUCUGUCUCUGUGUUAAAUUGCACUGUGUUCAUUUGAAUUGUUAAUUACAAUGCCCCCUGAUCAAGUAGGAGAUUUCUUCUGGCAGUCUGGCAACGGAGUCCAACAAAAGAUUUUUAGAUUAUUUGUAUUUUCUUUUUUUUUUAAUCUCUAAUAUUUAUCUACCAUAAGCUAAGUAGUCCUAACAUGUCCCAAGCAAACAUGUUAUGACUUGUUAUAAGGAUGGUAUGUCUGGAAGUUCUCCUCCUUGCAGAAGAUGGCAAUUAAUCAAAGAUUUAAAAGGUAAAAUAAAAUUUACUGCAGAUAAAAUGCAUUGCCUAUUCAUAUCCGGAAGGUUUCAAUUUAUACACCUAGCUACUUUUAUUUUUGACACAAAAAGAAAGUAACUUACUAGAUAAGAUACUGCAUGCAAGAAGGCAAACCACUAUGGGUUGUGUAUGGAAGUAGCCUAGGUUUCCUUAUAUUCCAGAAGUGUAAUCUUUGGGGUUUUUUGGAUGUCUUACUUAAAGUUCAGGUAGUAGGAUUUGCAAAUGAAUUGCAGCAGAUUUUUCCCCACAAAGCUAUCCUUAUUGUAAUAAAAAGAGUGUGGAUUUUUGUUAUUGAAAAUUUUCCAUGAGACCUGUGUUUUUCACAGGCAGCGAGUUUUUUUGCUAGUGUGACACUAGUAGGUAAUAAAACACAUUAAAUGUUAGCUGAAGUGGGUUAUCAGAUCUGCAUGUGUUCUUGCUGCACUGAUGCUUCAGCCCUAAAUAAUAUACAGUAAUUGGAGGUAAACAAAUUAUUUUAAAUUAAUUGCUUCCAGUUAAGUUGUAUUUAGAAUUGGAACCUAAACAAUGUUAUUUACCUACCAAAAAAAUUUAACCGGGAUCCAGGUUUUAAUAUCCUGUAGAUUUUCAAGUUUUCUAUUGUUAAUUGAAUAUGCAGGACACUGAAUAGUAAACGAAAAACUUUUCAAAAUAUUCACUAUCUCAAUUUUCCUGUGUGAGUCAUUAAAUGUUAUCAUAAGAACAAUAUCCCCAAAGUUAAUUUAUAGAAUGGUAGCAUUAAUCUUCUAAAUGAAAUAAAAUACAGGAUUUCUGAAAAAAAAUGAUAAUCAUCUUGAAAAAGAGGAACAAUCAGAUGAUGAUAAUGACAGUAUGAUACCAUAUUGCACUAUAUGGAACAAGUUGCUUUUGUAAAAGAAACCAAAAAAGUAUCUAGAAAUUCCAUUUGAAUACAGGAUAAAAAAAAUCUUCCUCACUUUUGAACAAAUUAACCUUAUCAUGGUGAAACAGAAGAGUAAAUGCAAUCUCAAAGCAAAGCCCCUAAGGCCAAGCAGAUGCCCCAUUCUUAGAAAGAAGUAUAAGUAAUCAUGAAUUGCUUAUAUAUUGAGGUAAACAUUAUUUGUCAACACUUUAACUGCUGUCUGGAAAACGGCAAAUGUAUAUUACCUUCUUUGCAACAGGCCUACUUCAGAGAACCUAGGAUUCGUUCAAACUGCAUUAUUUUUCUAACACUCUUCACAUAUUUCAGGAAAAAAAAAAUCAUAUAGUUUAUUUAAUACUUGUAGAAGGGAGGGGUAAAAGAAGAAUACACACUAGUCAUGCCCAAUAUUGUUACAGCUUUUAAUUUUGCACUGGAAUUAUUCAUUUGGAUUACUACUUUUUCCCCUUCUGAUUAUGCUGAAAUAUAUAUGAAGGGACUUUUUCAGUUUCCUAUUGUAAGAGUAAAUUAGCCUAUUUACAAAUUAAAGUGAAUUGUUACUACUCUUACGGUGCCCUCAACAGAAAAGAAACUGUAGAACGGGAGGGGAAAGUUAAGCUCCGGUCAUGCCAUCCAUCUCUGCUCUCAGACAGAAUUGAACUAUAGGGCUACACAAAUUACUAUUAGUGUUCUAUGUUAGAAUUUCAAUUGUAAAGAUUUUUUUUAAGCAAAAAGGAAAAAAAUGGUGCUAAACUUUCACCCCGAGCACAUUUGGUAAGACUGGUCAUGCAAGCAUAUAGUGCCGUACCAAUAUUGUAUUUUUUUUUUAAGAAAAUGUUUGCCCUGUUACAUGUAAUCAGCAGUGUAUAGCAUUAACUAUUUUGUUUUAAUGAGUGUAGGAGAGCUAAGGAGUUAGAUGGGGGCCUUAAUAUUUAAAGAACAGACUUUUAAGAGUGGCAACUUAUUUGGUUUAAUUUUAUUAUUAUAAUGAAAUAAGUCAAAAUAGUUUUGGAGUGAGAACUGGUCCCAUUCCAUGCCCCUGUUUCCAUCUAAUUCCCUAAUCCAUAGUAAUGGAAAUGCCUCUGUUAAAGUUGGAUUCUGAUUUUCUUUUAGUAAGUAAAAUAGCAACAGGCAACAGAGCACACAGAACAGUAAGAUAAAUGGAUAUAAUUACAUUGAUCACAAACAGAAUUCAGUCACAGUAUGGUAUGUCAAUGCUAUAGAAUGAGUUGAUCAUGGAUCUAUAUAUUAUAUACAUAGUAGUGAUGUACUGUGAUGAGCCCAAAACUAAUAAACACAGAAAAGAUAUGGAAACCAACAAAAAAGCCAGAAGAGCGCUGUCUUUUCAAGAGUCCUAAAUGUUGUAUUUUCCAUCUGGUUAAAUAGUGAUGUAAUUGUACAGCGAAUUUAGCAAUAGUAUUCUGGUAUGAUUGGGAAAUGGCUCAUCCUUAGCUACAAGCAAGUGCCUUUUGGUCUAGAAGAAUUUAUUUUAAGUGGUUGAGAAUCUCCUUUGUUGCAGCCUAGGAAUUCUUAAGGAUUUUUUUUUUAGUUCCCAUCCCUUCCAAGUAACAGCAGAGGAUAUCAUUAAUCAUCAGAGGUUCACUGCUUUUAAUAUUUUUCAAGAGAUUUUCUUUUCAUAAUAAAUAGCCAUCUCAAUAGAGGCAUUUCAAUUCAAAUGAUGUUACAGUCAACAUGUUACAUCUACCUUUUCUGAAUAUUAUUUUUAAUUGCAUAUUUUAACCUUCCACAUUUUAAAUUUUGCACAUGACCCUUUUCCCUACUCAUUUUAACAUUGCAGUCUUCUUGACUGAGUGCUAUUUUGUACCUUUUCCCCAAUUCUAAAAUGAAUAAUGCUUUGGUUAAUUUAAGUUGUUCCUUUUAAAGAACCUCUUUAAACCUUCAGUGAAGAGAUGUUAGACCAAUUCUUUGUUAUUACACUUGGUUGCCUCCUAGCUAUAUAACUUCUGAGUGUAAAUCAUUGAACUUUACCCUCUAAUGAAGUAUUGUAGAAAAUAAAUUGUAGUGGAUACAUUUUUAUCUUGUCCCUUUUUUAUUGGAGUCUGUCCAUUUUGACUUUUCACACAGAAAUCUAAUAAUACAAAUUCUCUUUCUAAAAAAAAUUAAUUGAACUCUAAGAUGAUGGCAAAACCAGCACGAAAUGGGUGGGAAUCUUUAACAGUACUGUGUUUUACAAGAUAAAGUCUCAGAAAGAAUGAGAUUGGACAUUUUGUUAAAAAAAUAAAAUAAAGCCUUCAUGUUCGUUUGGCUGUGGUAUUUUGUCUUGUGAUCCAUAUAGAAUAUUGACUAAUAGACCUUGUAUGUUUUUUCCCUUUUAUAAACAAGAAUUGAGAUUAUUAUUCCAGCAAUACCAGUAUCAAUUAAAAUUAUUU